AUGGAGAAUUUUGAUAAGCAAAAGCAUCUCCCCUCACUUGCCCCUAUAGUCCGCGCUCAGGACUCAUCGUCCUCGUCACGACCAGCUAGCGAAGAAGCCACUUUCGCACACCGUGAGCAUGAUAAACACUUGCACAAGGACAGGGGCUCUGCGAACGGGUACCCUUUUCAUGCAGAACAUGGUCCGCCCAUCGAUAAUGCGCUGAAGUACGAUGAAGCCGAGGAGGAUUAUCAACAUCAUAAGAGCUUGUGGUGGAGUCGAGUUCGGCAUAUACUCAGGGAUCCGUUCGCCGAGUUCAUGGGCACGUUUAUUAUGAUUCUCUUUGGCGAUGGUAGCGUUGCACAGGUCAUGUUGAGCGCAAAUCCAAACCUGCCACAGGCGAGUCAGGACAAGGGCAACUAUCAAAGUAUAUCCUGGGGAUGGGGUCUCGGCGUCAUGUUCGGAGUUUACGUGGCCGGCUGUGCCGGAGGUCAUCUCAACCCAGCAAUCACCUUCGUCAACUGCCUCUAUCGAAAGUUUCCCUGGUGGAAAUUCCCCGUUUACGCUUCUGCCCAGGUACUAGGUUGCUUUUGUGGCGCUGCCGUUGUAUAUGGAAACUACAAAUCCGCGAUCGACCAGUUUGAAGGUGGUACUGGAGUUCGAACUGUGCCCGGGUAUUCUGAGACGGCUACAGCCGGUGUCUUCAACACCUACCCGCAACCUUUUCUCACCAAAACUGGGCAGGUUUUCUCCGAGAUCAUCGCCAGUUUCAUCCUUGUCUUUGUCAUCUUUGCACUGAAGGAUGAUAAUAAUCUUGGUGCUGGCAACCUGGUGCCUUUAUGCCUAUUCUUCCUCAUCUUUGGCAUCGGCGCUUGUUUUGGCUGGGAAACUGGAUAUGCAAUCAAUCUUGCGCGAGACUUCGGGCCUCGUCUCUUCACAUAUUUUGUCGGAUAUGGUAGUGAAGUCUGGAGUGCUGGAGAUUACUAUUUUUGGGUUCCAAUGAUAGCACCGUUUAUCGGAUGUGCGUUUGGUGGAUUCAUGUACGACUUGCUCAUUUACACCGGCGAGUCGCCGAUCAACACGCCCUGGAUCGGCAUGAAGCGUGUAGUCCGCCCGACGAAAAAAGGUGUUAAAGAGGCAAUCAUGGGACAUCCGGAAAAGGAGGUUUAA